AUGUUUUAUAUUUAUGUAAUAGUUGAAGAUCCUCCUAAGGUAUUAUAUGAAAGAGCUAUAAAUAUAGCUUAUAUAAUAGAUACCAGAACCUUUGAGGAUUUACUUUUAGAGAUAGCCAGCAACCAAUUUUUGGAUAAACAUGUUCUUGUUUUUGGCUGUGAGAAAAAAAAUGAUAAAUGGAUACUGCUGCAAGAUGGGUUAACUGAUUAUUUGCAAGUGUUAGCUCAAUUAAACUUUAAAAUGGUCAGAUUUCUAUUUGAAUCUUCUAAAAUACAAGAAAUUGAAUUAUCUAUUAACGAUGCAAAUUCUUUAGCAACUUACAAAGUUGAAUCUACUUACAAUAAUUUUUACUUUACUUUGCAUCAUAAAAAAGAAAAACUUUCUCGAUUAAAAUUAAUUGAAUAUUGUAAAUUAAUAGAAUGUAGCGCAAGUGAGAUUUGGGCAAGUGAAAAAUGUUGGGCUGAAAUUAUUUCUGAAAUUUUUAGUCUUGCAAGUAUGAUGCGAAAAUAUGCUGAGCAUUUACAAAAAUCUUCUCAACUUACUUAUAAUGCACACCAUUCUACUACAGUAGAAAUAAAAUUUAUUGAUAAAACUCUUCAAAUUAAUGAAGCUACUUGGGCAAGUUUAAGAAAAUAUAGUAAAUUAAUGGAGUUCUUAAAAUCUUAUUAUCAACAACGACUAUAUUCAUUUCAGCCUAAUUGUAACUUGUGUAAACCAGUUCGAAUGCCAAUUGAAAAGUUUAAUUCAUUAAAUUUUUUAUCUGAUCCUAUGCCAGCAAUAGAAGAUUUAAAUCAUUAUGCAUCUUUUAAUUCUGUAUAUGGAAUUGAAACAAAUGAAAGUCAUUGUCCUUCUUUAUUAUUAAAUCAAGAAGAACAAGAACAUGGUUCUAAUAAAGAAGAAUUACAAUGGCAAACAGCUCUUCAAAAUAAUUUAUAUACUUGUAGUGGGUCUAUUUUACUAAAAGAUCAUCAAUUAUAUAAUAUUCUUUUUGUUCAUAAACAUAUUUCAUGUAAUUCACCAAUUGAAACAAAUUAUUAUGCUUGUGAACAUGGUGAUAGAAUUCAACUUUGUUAUUGGUGUGGAACUGAAGAUGGUUUAUCUAAUUUACCUAAAUUAUUAACUGAUCAGUAUAAAAUAGUUUAUCCAUGUUGUAAUACAUGUAAAGAAUUAGAAAAGAAUUAUUUUACUCAUUUGGAGAUUAAAGUUGGGAAAAAUAGUAAAAAAAGAAAGCAAAAAACUUAA